AUGUAUGGCCUGCCGCCCAACGAAGAUCCGAUGCAGUACGAGCCGUCGGGGGAGGCGCGCCACCCGCGCGACAGCACGCGCUACGAGACCUGGACCUCCAAGCAGCUUCGCAAAAAGUGCUCGUACCUCAAGCUGCGCGGUCUCAAGAACGUCAAGAAGCAUGUGAUGGUGGAGGCUUUGUACCGGUAUUACCGCAAUCAGCGCCUGAAAGACAUGGCAGACGCCGCCAGCGCUGAGAACAGCGGCAGUGGCAACAACGCGGCCUCGCAGCCUCAAAUUGCGUCGCCGCAGCAACAGCAGCAGCAACAGCAGCAGCAACAGCAGCAGCAACAGCAGCGACGGAUGGAUGUGCGGCGGCCGUCUAGCAUCGCCGGCAGCUCGGGAUCGCGUGCUGAUCUCCAGUACCGCUCGCGGUAUGACCAGCGCAGUACCGGUCCGCCAUCACAGUCGCAGUACGGUUCGCACGCGUCUCGCGCCCGGAGCUACGUCAACUACGGCAGCCAAAGCACCUCGCCCCCAUCGAGCGGAGGGGACAGCGGGAGCUCGCACCCGCAGCGCCCAGGCGCAUCGUCGACCAACAGUGGUUACUAUCUGGACGAGGAGUCGAAGGGUGAGUCGCGGUACAAGGAAGUGCCGGUAACUUCGGAAGACGUGAUCCGUCUGGUGGAUGUCGUGCUGUCCCCCGAGUUCGUCGAUCGGCUGGCAGCUGAAUUAUCUCGAUGGCAGUUUUGGGUGGACGUCCGCGAAAUGUACAUCGCGCUGCUCAACCGUCAGCACCCGCCUGGAUCGGCAGGCGCUGGUAGUGAGGGUGGACCUGUAGGCACGGGAGGCAGUGCCACGAACUCGCGCAAUUUCAAGUGGAGCAGCAUGCAGCUUUGGGAGAUCUGGAAGGAGCUUUCGUUCGCGUACACCAAGACCUGUUUCGAAUUCACUGCUGCUGGUAUGAACAAGAGAGUAGACGACCGGGAGUACAUCAACUUCUGCGACGGCAGGCCGGAUGUGUACUACCUGCACCAGCGGUUGCACUCCCGCCCCGAUCUGUUGCACCUGAUCAAAUCGAACGAGUACAUUGACGAGAAGUGCACGAGCGAGGCGUCCGAGUCCAUCGCCCAAGAGCAGCAGCGGGCUCAGCAACAACAACGGCAGGGGCCGUUGAUGGGCACUGGGUCUCCUAUGCUGCGCGGCCACAAGCGCUACAAACGGUCUACACCCCUGGCAGGAGCUGGGCCUGCGUCGGCCGCGUUUAACAGCGCACGUGCAAUCGCAGCCUACCGCGAUGGCGCUGCAGUGGUUGAUGGGGCAGGAACAGCCAACGGAGGGAACAGUGGUGACAACGGUUCAGGCCAAGGCAGUGGCGACUCGCGUGGCCACUCGCCGGAAGAAAACAGCACGGAGAACUCGGAGACAACGGGCGAAGAAGGCAGCAACAGCACAACGGCCAACUCGAACGCGAGCAACAGCUCUCAAGACGUGUCGAUGCGCGCUGCGCUCGCGGAGCAGAAGUACUUCGGUCUGCUGCUGCAGAACUUCGAGGUCAUCUUCGAGUCGCUGCACAACAAGAAGGUGCUCCUGGCGACGCUGCGCAAGGACAACAAGGCGCCCGACCACCUCAUCGCCGACCUGCACGACGACAUCCACGUGCUGUCGGCACUCAAGAAGGAGUUCCGCAACAAACUGCGGCGCACGAUGCAGUGA